CCACGCUAGGGGAGCUCCCCAUCUAAUAGGGGCGACAUGCAAAUGACUCCGUGCAAACAAGACAUGUAGGGGAUAAUAAGAGAAAUAUAGCGGACAGAAAGCGCCAGUUUUUAGGGGCUCCUACUAAAGGUUUCUUGUAGAAGGCGAGAUUUUAGGGUGUUUCAUGCCUCGUCUCGGGAAAAUUUUUUUUCGCCGCCUCCUCUACAGGGACUACAAUUCCCAGCAGGCUUUGCGGAGAUUAGGGGGCGGGGACAAGGGACAGAGCCAGGGCCUGGGCCCGGCGCGCGCGACAGCAGCUAGAGCGGAAGCGCGCGCUGGCGGAGGAGCCUAUGGAAGCGACGAAGAUGGCUGGCGCCGCCGGGUAUCAAUAUUGGUGAAUAAAAAGAAACUACCAAGAUUUUCCUCCUUUUUCUUUGGAAAAUUUGUGUAAUUUUUUCCCAUCUUCAUACACAGUCCCUCUUCUGCCCUUCUCAUCAAAAAUAAAUGCUAAUAUUUGAUUGAGGUAGCAUCAUGCAGUCUGAUGUUGAGAAAUGCAGACCUCGGGCCAGAAAGCCAGAUAUGGCCCUUUAUGUACCCAAAGCUCGAAGAGGUUCAGUACUUCCUUUAUCAAAUCAUCAGGAAAUGAGUUAUAGUCACCUGAAUGCCAUAGUGAAGCAAGGGCAAGAAGAAAGUCAGGUGCCCUCGAAGAAUGAUGUCUUCAGAGCUAGUUCUGAACUUCAGAGACCUAUUAGUAAUCCUAGCAGACAAGAGCACAAAGCCAGGGAUGGAAAGAGACCUAAUUCAAAAUCAAAAAAAGGUACAUACUUCAAAGAAAGAAACAGAGGAAAAUUCCAUGCUCAAAAGGGAACUGUAGAGUCCAAAGAAAUGUUCAACAAAAAUCAACAAAAGAUCCUAAAUCCUAGUAGUUUUUCCAAAGUACCUUCACAAAUACAUUUUAAACCAAAGAAAGAAGAGAAAUUUAUGGAUUCCAAAAGCAAUGAUAUGACAGUACCGCAAGGACUACUUAUUUCACAAUAUAGUACGGAAACCUGUGAGACUCAGACUUCAAGUAUACCAUUCCAAAGUGUGAAAUUAUGUGAUUUCAGAAAGGAAGAACUAAAUGGGAUGAGUUAUACAGAAGAAGACUUGAAAAACAGUGUUAAUGCUGAUUGUAAGGUAGUAGAGAUGGUGUCUACUUCUCAGUUUUCAGAUGAUCUGGUAGGUUGCAAUUCUAUUUUGAAUCCUGACCAUGUGCUAGCAUCCACACAGCUAGACUCAUCUUUUGAAAUUGUGCAAGAAAUCAUCUGUACAACAGGUGACACAUUGAAGCUCAGUACUGCUAUUCAGGAGAGCCCAAAGAGUAUCAUCGAUCAAGCAUGCAUGGCCGUUGAACCUAAGAAUGUCAGUGACCUAACUGAUCCAGUGUUCCUCAGCAAUGCAGCUGGCAUCUUGGAUCAGACAAGUAUGGAUAGCGUGUCUGAGGUUGGGGAUUCUGGCCACAUGCACACAGUCAGCAUAUUAGAGAAUGCCAGUGACGUUAUGGAUCCACCUUACAUGAGCAGAGAGACUGAGAAGAAGGGUGACCCUGCUGAUGAAGCAUCCAUGUGCUAUGACCCUGAUAAUUUAAGUGACUUUGCUGAUGAAAUAUUUACAGGUAGGGAGCAACAGAAUGACAGUGACAACACUAGCCAAGCAUGUAUGAGCAUUACAGAUGGCAUAUCUGGUGAGACAUGUGUGGGCAGUACCUCGACAAUUGUGGGUGGAAUCACUGAACAGGCUUGUAGCAACAUCAAUAGUUUGCUAGACUGUAUGGGAAUAAGUACUUACAUAACCCCUCUUCUAGUGGCUAAUAGCGUGGAGUGUGAGAAUGAAAAUUCAAGUUGCUUGACAGUUUGUGCAGACAGUUACGCUGAAGAUAGUUCAUCCAGUUAUCAGGAGUCAAUGGGAGGACUAACAAAGGACUUGUCAGAGUAUACCUCUUUAAUACCUAUAAAGGAGGAAGCAUCCAGCAAUCAUGGUUCCUGUUUAGACUCUGAACUCUGUAUGUUAAAUAAGCCUGAAUUGCUUUCCAACAAGUCCUUGAACAGUGAUCUGGAUGGUGCAGAUGACAUCACAGAGUCUUUGAAUAAUCUAAGAACUGGUGAAGAGUUCAAAACAAUUGAGAAUGAUGCCCCUGGGAAAGUAGAAUAUACAGUAUCUUCAGAACAACAAUCAGAACUGAAAGCUCCUCAUCCUUCCUCCAAUUCUGAAAGUGCUUCUACAGAGGAAAGCUGGGAUUCUUUAUUUAAUGAUGAUGGAGACUGCCUGGAUCCACGACUUCUAGAAGAGUUACCGGGGAAUUCGAAGAACAGGAAGAGUCUCCAGGAACCUAGAUUUGAUUAUUACAACUAUGAAGCUCCUGAGCUUGACAUCAGCGAUUGUGAACUUCCUCAUGUCAUUGAAAUCUAUGACUUCCCUCAGGAAUUUCGCACUGAAGACCUCCUACGAGUCUUUUGCAGCUAUCAAAAGAAGGGAUUUGAUAUCAAAUGGGUGGAUGACACACAUGCUCUCGGAGUGUUCUCCAGUCCAAUUACAGCCCGCGACGCCCUGAGCAGUAAGCACAUGAUGGUGAAGAUCCGGCCGCUCUCUCAGGCCACAAGAGCAGCCAAGGCCAAAGCAAGAGCUUGUGCUGAGUUUCUCCAGCCCGCCAAGCCUCGCCCGGAGACCUCGGCGGCCCUGGCCCGGCGGUUAGUGAUCAGUGCCCUUGGGGUGCGGAGUCAGCGCACCAAAGCGGAGCGGGAUGCCGAGCUCAAGAAACUGCAGGAAGCCCGUGAAAGAAAGCGGUUGGAAGCGAAGCAAAGGGAGGACAUCUGGGAAGGCCGGGACCAGGCUGCUGUGUGAACAUCAUCCAGAGAAAGAGAUAAUUUCACGGAUUCAGAAGGCUCCAGGCUAGAAGACCUUACUGAGUUUCCUUUGUUUGUGAGCAAGGCAAAGACUAUGGGUCCAGAGAGAAAGUAAUCUGCUCCAUCGGGCAGUCGGCUUUCUGGAUCUGGAAGGAGCAGUUUGGGAUCACUCCAUAUGGAAAACAGGAGGAAGCAGCUCCAUCAACUGAGAAGGAACUUGGAAGUAGACUCCACUGGGCAAGAGAAGUCCUGGAUGUGUGAGCAAUCUACUUAGGAAGAGCCCGGCCAGCCUAGUGGCAGAGCACCCAAGGGAGCACAGGGCCCAGGUCGGAAGAGCCAGUGUUCCUCCAGCCAUGCUCAGGGAUCUGGAACCAGAAUUUUGGUGCCGGUUCUUUCUGAUGAUGGGCCAGAGUCCAGAGAGGGCCGACAGCAGCCCAUGUCACAGAUGUGUGGCCUCCAGAGUCUCAGCCUUGCCGAGAGCCUGCCUGUCUUGCGGCAGCCAGAGCUGUGUUUCAUGGCACGCCGUGCACCAGAGCCCGGGGAAACACUGGCAUCAUGGUGUAAUCGAGAUGCAUUAAAUCUUAUCUCCUGA